UGCCGGUCACGUGGGGCACACCGAGGCGGUGGUCUGUGUGGUCCUGGCGGAGCGGUGCGACGGCGGGAGAACGUUUGAGGCUUUCAGUCUGAACAGAGUGAGCCCCGAAGAGCAGUGGGACGGGACGGAGAUGGAGGCGGACGCCACCGAGCAGCUGAAAGUGCGCCGAGUCGAAGACAAAGACGUACCCAGUAACAGCCUUGGAUGUUGUGGAUGGAUCUUGGUUAUAAUCUCUUACUUCUUCAUGCUCAUCACUUUCCCCUUUUCCAUCUGGUUAUGCAUUAAGAUUGUCAAGGAAUAUGAACGAGCUAUAAUAUUCAGGCUUGGCCGAAUUCUAGCAGGAGGAGCCAAAGGGCCAGGUUUGUUCUUUGUCCUGCCAUGUACUGACUCCUUUGUUAAAGUGGAUAUGAGAACUAUUUCAUUUGACAUUCCACCUCAAGAGAUUCUCACCAAGGACUCUGUGACAGUCAGUGUUGAUGGAGUUGUGUAUUACCGUGUCCAGAAUGCAAUACUUGCUGUUGCAAAUAUCACCAAUGCAGAUUCUGCUACCCGCCUUUUGGCCCAGACCACUUUGAGAAAUGUACUUGGAACAAAGAAUCUGUCUCAGAUUCUCUCAGACCGGGAGGAGAUUGCCCAUAAUAUGCAGACAACCCUCGAUGUUGCCACAGAUGAAUGGGGAAUUAAGGUUGAGCGUGUGGAGAUCAAAGAUGUGAAGCUGCCCAUCCAACUACAGAGAGCGAUGGCAGCUGAGGCCGAGGCAUCAAGGGAGGCCCGAGCCAAGGUUAUUGCUGCCGAGGGAGAAAUGAAUGCUUCCAGGGCCCUGAAGGAAGCUUCUAUUGUGAUUUCCGAGUCUCCAGCAGCUCUGCAACUUCGUUACCUGCAGACCCUCACCACCAUUGCAGCUGAGAAGAACUCCACCAUUGUAUUCCCUCUACCAAUGGACCUGGUGCAAAAUAUUAUGGGGGCAAGAAAGUGACAUAACUAAACACAAAAUAUGACCACUGUUUGUAUGUCUGAUUUUCCAAUGACACAUUUUUGGUUAGAAUGACUUCUAAUUUUUUUCCAUGCAAGGGUACUGGUUUACAUUAGUGAUGGAUUGAUAGUCACACCUUAAUGGGCUAUCAAUCUCACACAUUAUGUGAAUGCUUUCGCUUUGAUCAUUUGUUAAGGCAAAGAUUGAGAAUGUAAUAUAUACAGGGACGGGCAAAUUCACAGCAAGUGGUUGUUCUCUAGAACCAAGUAGACUGUUAAUUUAGCUGUGGCAGUUUUUACCUUUCGAUUGUACUAGUGUUGACCUAAAUCUUUCAACAGUAAACCUGAGCAGCUUGCUAGCCAUUCAUUCACAAAGCCAAUACUGUUCUCCACAAUUUAUCAGUUUGAUAUAACUCAAUUGAUUCUUCAUGACACACUGCAGUCACAAUCCUAAAACCUGUCCAGUCUAAAUGAACCCAUUUCCGUUUAACCCUACACUUAAAAUCUUGAGGACAACACUGACAUAAAAUGUUUGUUUCCUUUGAGGUGCUGUAAAAUUUUUGGAAAUCUGUAUCAGAGCAUUGCCCUCCUUUCCUGGCUAGUUAAUCAGCAUAUCUUUAUCUGUGUGUGAAGUAUUCAAAAGCAGACGUCCAUCAAGCAUGUGGUUUAUUUCCAAAUGCAUUUGAAUUUCUGUAUGUUCUAUCAAGCCUACAAAUUUGAAGAAAUCUUGUGCCUGCUGUUUUGCCUGUAACAAUAUUAUCAGAAGUGUGAAAAGAAGCUAAAUUGACUUAAACCAUCUUAAGCAUUAAGAGUUUCCAAAAAUAAUCCUCCAUGCAGAUAUUUGCAACCUUAUUACAAUCUGCAGAGCAUGCCUGGUCUGUGGUUUUAAUGUGCAGUACACGUUAGUAUUUUCUGUACAGUAGAUUUAUGAGGAAAUGGUCUAGUCAAUUUAUUGAAAUCCGCCCACCAAUCUGUGAGAGGUAUGCUCAUUAGAUCUGACUGAAGAAUCUCUGCACUGGUAGUCUCCUUGGUUGCUGUAGAAUUUGGUUGUAUGCCAUUUGAUUAGCACUUCACACCGACCAAUCAGUACAGCAGCUUGAUGAUGUAGCUUGUACGUGUCAAAACUUUAGGCCAUGUCUAGAAAUGGAGGGAGGGUGACUGUUAAAUCUCAAUUUCUUUCCAAAUGAUUUUUAUUUUCUCUUCAAAUCAAUUGUUUUUUUUUGUGUGGUUGGGGAAACUACUCUGUGAACAGCUUUGCCAGAAUAAUUUCCCUCUAACCUGUCCGGCAAAUGUAUUGUUAGUUGUCAUAUUCCGGCCAUGUGCAUCAGGUUAAGUUGAAUGUGACCACGUAACUGCGAGUAUAUGGUUGGGCCGUUGCCCAUUAAACCCACUCUUCCUGCCUCCUAAUAUUGCAAGGAAGUGGUUUGAAGGCAUGUUCAGUUUCUGUUCUACUUUUGUUUGGAAUGAGUGACACAUAACUUGAAAAUCGCAAUACAUUAAAAACCUUCUUACUGAAAUCCCAUCGUUGCAAGUUCAUUGCAUUAAGUAUCCUAGGGUUAGUCUCAAUUGCAAUUUAAAAUGCAAAUUAAAAUUGAGUAAAGCAUAAUCUCUCCAUUGCCAUGAGAUUCAAGCAGUUCAGACAAACCCCAAGCCUAACAUAUGGGAGUGAGGUGGGAAAAGGCUGGGUAAUGGGAAUGCUGUGAGACUGCUAAUGCUGUUGUAAAAUCUGGCCAGAUUAUUACAAAUGUAAACAUUGGUAGGGUUAUCUGGGUAAUGUUCACAUUGUGGCCAAGGCUUUAAUAAUCCAGGACAAUGUGACCAAAUGCAUGAACCCCGAGUUUGAGGGGUGGCUCUAAGGUGUAGUCGUGGUGACCUCCUGCUCAGAGAGGGAAUUUUAGAUUGGCUUUAUUGCAAAAGAAGUAAGAAAGGGUUUCACUUUAAACAUAGUCUGUUUGAUCACUUUGUAAUAAGUGGUGUUGCUGUUAGAGCUUUGUGGUUAUUUUAAUAUCAGCAGUUUCACUGUGAAAGCAUGGUACCAAAACGAUUUUAGCCUCUAUAAAAUGAAUAUUGGUUAAGUACUCAAAGCAAAAAAAACCCAAAAUAUCAGAAAGAAAAGCAGAAAAUGCUAGAAGUUCUUAGCAAACUAGGCAGCAUCUGUGGAAAAAGAAACAGUUAACCCUUUCAGGUUGAUGGCAUUUUCUCAGAACCAAAUUAAAUACCUGCAGGCAAUGCAAUGUAUUUGUACAAAAUGGUUGUUUUUGAGAACAUAUCAUUCCCAUCUUAAACAAUAGUAAGGAAUUUCACUUCCUUGUACUUCGUUAUCACUGCUAGCGGUAGGAAAAUGAGUUCAUCAGAUUGGUAUGAAAUAAUAGUUCAUUUCAGCAGGAAGCUAAAUCACCAUGUUCCAUGUCUGUUUCUCAACCGUCCCACACACUUGUGGUACAUUACAGUCUGGAAUACAUUGGAUAGUCAUUGUUUAAUUAUCUCUGAACAAAUUUGUUUAGUGGUGGCAUGACCAGGAGCUUUUUGAGAAUGGACAAAUAUUGGCACUGGCUAGGCUGGUUUUAAACAUAUCAUCCCAUUUUGAGUCUGGCCCUCGUCAAGUCUGCACCGUGGUUGCAUGCAAUGUGAUUUUAAACUGUAAAAGUGGCAAACUAGCUCAGUCCUAAGAGGAUAUUGUAAUAAGCUCAGCCUGUAGUGUGUGCCUACUAGUAUACAGUAGGAAUUUAAGGUAAGUUGUUGGAGCAGGGAACACUGCUCUCUAUCUGGCCAAGAGCUAUUUCUCCUGGAAGCACUUUCUGCUAAUAUUCAUCACAAUUUAAAAAUUAGCCAUAUCUGCAGAUUUUUUUUCAUGGACUUGCCUUGUCAACAUUUUGAAUCCCUCAAUCAGACUUAAUCCAACCCUGCACUAGAUUGGUGUUUUUCACAUAGAUUUGCAGGUGACCAUUCUUGUUUUUUUUAAUGUCGCUGUUUGAAUCCACUUUGGAAAGAAAAUAGUCAACCCAAGAAUGAAUAGGUCCCACAUACAAGGUAAAACUUGAUCUUCAAGAAAGUUGAGGGGGCUUGUAUUUACCUUAAGUUACUAUAUAUUGAUCAAGGCAGGGUUUUAGAGGCCUUACAACACAAUGCUAUACACUGUAUCACUUUAUCACUCUUAAAGUUUAUGAAUGUAUGUUCAAUAACAUUAUAGAAUGUAAUCAAUAUGUAUGUACUAACAAGACUUUUCUUCCAAAAGUUAAUCUUUUUCAUAUUAAUGUUUCUGAAAGCAUGAUCAACAUGGUUGUAGUAGUAUACUUUUAUAAUUAAGCUUGCAAUGCAUUUAAUAAAUGUUAUCAAUCAACAUC